GAGGGAGAGAGGGAGGGAGGGAGAGAGGAAGAACGUGAACUGUACAGUACAAGUUGAAAGAAGAGACAAAAGCACUUGAUGCUGACUCUGAGGAUACAGACAGGGGGAAAAGAUGAGAGCGCUUGACUGACGGCAGAACCCCUGAGAAGGAGGAGACCAAAAACCGCAUUCUUCAGGACCACUCCCAAGACGUAUCGCGGAACCUAACGAGCACUUCGAAAGAUCUGACGGGGGCCAACGCUUGAGAACUUCAAAAGGGGAUCUGCGCCCACUUCCAGACGGAUCCACCCGAUCUGCGAAGGAUUGACGUAUUUUCGCCACCGCCACGGGAAGUACCUCGUAGCUUCUUCGCGGAUUUGCACCGACCUGGAGGCCUCCGACCGCUUUGGAGCAGGAUUCGAGAUGCCACCUCAGUGGAUGUCGCAGUGACCGAGAUGUUGAUCCUGCGUAUAACUGAGUAACUGAGUCUUACUUACACGUGGACAAAUGAUUCCAGUCUGAGGCAAUCAGGUGCCCAUUAGUCUCAAAUUUCUGUGUCAAUAUCAACAAAAUCCGGAUUUAAAAGCCACUUAGGGCUUGAAAUGAAAUAUGAUCAUUUUAGCAGCAAAAUCGUCGCAUCGAGUCGCGAAUACGCACUGUGCUCCACUGAAUGAAUUUCCCUUCUCUUGUGCCUCCUGUCUUACUCCAAAGCGUCCACCUUUGGAUCAACAAUCGUGAAUAUCGCUGCAGCUCUUCUUCACAGCAGUUUGAAAUGCUCUUGUCUGUUGUUGACACUUGCAAAUAACAUUUGCGGCCCAGGAUGGCUUUUACACAUCUGGACUGUGUACAAGAACUGCAAUCCAGCUCUUUAUUUAUGCGAUGGGGCUUUCAAGAAGAAUGACCUAACAUGGAAACACUGACUUCUCUUCUCAUCUCCAAAAUAAGUGUAACUAGACCGGACUCUUUUUCCCAUGCACACUGCUAGCUUGACGUUCUGCCAAAAAUAUCCCCUGAUUUUCCUUUUAAAAUUUCUUCUAAAGGAGCUAAUGAAAUGAAUCGUUCUUUUUGAGACACCCUGCUUCUGGCACCAUGCUAUAUCGGCCAGUUGGCUUUGUCCCGUGUUAGUACACACACUAGCAGAUUAAUAUUUCCAGUAGUUCUAGAAGUUCUCGUGCCAAGAGCCGUAAAUCACCGCAGUCAUGGGUAUUCAGGGAAUGGAGCUGUUUGCCAUCGGAGUGGUCAUCAUUCUGUUCGUGGCUGUUCUCAAACAGUUUGGCAUUCUGGAGCCCAUGUCGCUGGAAGACGGUGAGUACAGCAGUGACAGUGACCUGGAGCUGUCCACGGUGCGACAUCAACCCGAGGGUCUGGAGCAGCUGCAGGCUCAGACCAAAUUCACCAAGAAGGAGCUGCAGUCCCUUUACAGGGGCUUCAAAAACGAGUGCCCAAGUGGUUUGGUUGAUGAGGAAACUUUCAAGACCAUCUACUCUCAGUUCUUUCCCCAAGGGGAUGCCACCACAUACGCCCACUUCUUGUUUAACGCGUUCGAUCUUGAUAGAAAUGGCUCGAUUCGUUUUGAGGACUUUGUGAUCGGUCUUUCUGUGUUGCUGAGAGGAUCCGUCACUGAGAAGCUCAACUGGGCUUUCAACCUUUACGACAUCAACAAGGAUGGAUACAUCACUAAAGAGGAGAUGCUGUUAAUCAUGAAGUCAAUCUACGACAUGAUGGGCAGGUACACCUACCCCAGUGUGCGAGAUGAAGCUCCAUCUGAACAUGUGGAAAAGUUCUUCCAGAAAAUGGACAGAAAUCGGGAUGGUGUGGUCACUAUUGAGGAGUUUAUUGAGACCUGUCAGAAAGACGAAAACAUCAUGAACUCCAUGCAGCUCUUUGAAAAUGUGAUUUAGGACGGGAGGGGAGCAAUCUAGAGCUAAAGCAGCCCUCAGUGUCCCAAUCCAGUUCUCUCCACAUGUCUAUAUACCAAACUAGCACAGCAGUCACUCUCUGUCUUGUCCUGUAGCACUACUCCCAUGCCUGCUGCACUCCGUAGAAUCGUACUAUAGACCAACACAUAGCCUACAGUAUGGCAUCACAGUUUGUACUUCACAGCAGGACUACUUUUAAAAAAGAAAAGCCUGGACGGCUGGGAUCCUUCCAGUUGCUAAAUGCCGGCUACCGUAUGGUGGAACUUUCUGAUCCGAAUGAAGUAGCAAAGCCACGUUUUGUAUCACUGGUCGAUGGAUUCCAGUGGGCUCUCUGACGUCCAUAUAAAAACCAUCACCGCUCUGGACUGCUUUCUUCUGCCUUACGAAUGCGGGACAUUACAAGACUCAGUCUCAACCUUCCAGAUACCGUAGUUUGAAGGAGAGUACAGUAACUAUGGAUUUCAAGGGACCCAAAGGAGCAUCUAGCACCAAUGAUGAUUUGAAGCACAUAAUACUCACCAAAAGAACAAAAUUAAUGUGAUGAAAACCGACCUGAAGCAUGCCUGUCCAAAUAUGUGAGAUAUUUGUGAUUUUCUUUGCAUGGAGACUGACAAAGUUGUACAUUUUCUUCCUUGUAAGCCAGUAGGUCCCACAGAAGACUGUAAGCAAACUAAAGCAACUGUAUGCGUGAAGUUAUAGUGUACCAGUGUUUAUAAGUUCUGCUCAAAUCUGUAUUGCACAUAUCAGUGGGGCCAGGAUGAUUUGUUUGGUCACAUUUGAUUCUUGCACAGCAAUGGGGAGUAUUAAAAGUUAUAUUUACAGUGUAGGCAUUUUAGAGGUAUAGAAGUACGUGUUUUAUUUUCAGGAAUGUAUUUAUUUGUCAGGCAGCGUCUGAUGGAAUGCAGGGUUCGGGCAUGAACGGACAUGUCCUGGUUAUUAAAAUUGUGGUUUACAAGUUUUAUUAUUAUGCUCAUUUUAAAAAUUUGGAUUUUGCUAUACAUAUAUAUAUAUAUAUAUAUAUAUAAAUAUAUAUUUGAAACAGACUGAGAUAUAUACUUUACGAGAGGCUUCUUUAUCUUAUUUUUUUGCUUUUGCCCACAUGAUUUGUAAAGGUUAAUUAUUAUUUUAUUAAGUACAGCACACAGUGGGCAACCUUGAGAAUCUCUUUGUUAUAUGACAGUCGUAUUAUCAGUGAUAUGGAUAGCUUUUGCUCUUACGCAAACUAAAAGUCCCCUUUUGUUUGGGGAUGGUGGGAAACUAUUGCUCAUCUAUAAAGGAACUACUAUAAUACUAUGAUGAAGGUGAAGUUAAAGAUUCAAAGCUAUUUAAAAGUCUGUUUUCAGUUCACUUUCAGUAGCAACACCUAAAUUACCUAAAAGCUCUUAUUUAUUUAUUCUUUGUUUAUUUGGUUGGAGCAGAUACAAUGUAGAUCUAAUGAAUAAAAGAUGCACUACUCUUGAUCAAAA